AAUUAAUAAAGUAAACAAUAUAUAUUAUUUUGAGUAGAACCAGCAUCUGCAUAAUUAUUAACAGAGAUCGAUUGAUCGUAGCUAUGACUGUAAAGAGAGUGAGAGAUGAAUUAUUAGAUGGAUCAGAAGUGGAAGCAUUGGCGAUGGCUAAUUGCUUGAUGUUGCUUUCCCAAGUCGGUGAAAAAGCUCUCUCCGGUGGACGUGUUUUCACUUGUAAGACCUGCAAUCGUCAGUUUCCGACAUUCCAAGCCCUGGGCGGCCAUCGCGCAAGCCACAAGAGGCCAAAGCUAACACUAGUCGACGGUGGUGCCGGUGAUAACAGUACUAUUGUUGCGAUGGGUAAGCCCAAAAUGCAUGCCUGUUCUAUAUGUGGCGAUCAGUUUCCUAUCGGUCAGGCUCUCGGCGGCCAUAUGAGGCGACACCGGACGGCCUCACCCCCUACUACUACCACUAUUACUACUACUACUAAAGAAGACAAGAAGACUGGGCCUCCUUCAGAGGAGGAGAAGAAAAGGGUACUUCUACGAGUGGAUUUGAACUUAACUCCUUUUGAGAAUUGUUUGAAAUUUGGCAACUCUAUUGUAGUAGGAAUUGUUUAACUAAUGAUCAUCACUUUUAAUUAUUCAUUCUUAAUUCCAUUGAUCUAUUAUCAUA